AUGUGUUGUCUAUCUUCGAAAGAUACAAUCGAUUCCUUACCACAAAAUACUUCUUGUACAGCAAUUGCAUGGUUUAGUACUGGAGACAGUAUGUAUUCAAAAAUAAUUAAAAUGAUGUAACAUAUUAUAUAAAAUUUUAAUAUAUUAUUAAACCUAAUUUUAAAUUAACUUGGUAACGCCGAAAUUGGAAGUAUCCUCGAUGAGAUGGAUACAUUCUGACUUUGAAUUAUAUUUUGCAACCUUACCGUUAAUAAUAACCGUACGUCUAAGGGAAAACGGCAAUAAUUCAUGAACGACGUGUGUCCUAAUAAUAAAUAGCGAAAUUACAUUUUUAUCUCAUUAUCCACUAUUAAAUUAUGAGUCUUUUUCAGCCGAUCAGAAAGAUAUUGAUGCACUAACGACUAAUCGAACGAGAGUUUAUAUUUAUAAAGAUAGAAUUUAUCGUUAUUACGCUGAACAUUUGAACAAUAAAAAUUUCGAUAAUUUUGUAGAUGACAUAUGUAAAAUUAUAGACGAUAAACGUGCAGAUGUAUUUAUUUUCGGAAACAUGUAUUUGGUAAAAAUAAUAAUAAUUACACAUUGUGACUUAGUUACCUAUAAUUUUUAUUAAUUAUGAACAUUAACAAUUUAGCCGUAUGACCCCUACGGAGGCGAUAGCUCAGGAUACGAUGACAACAUGCAAAGACGCAUUUACGAUUUAUUUAAAAGUCUACAAACUAAAAAACCAAAUACAUUAUACGGUUUAAUGCUCAGAACGUCACCAGAUCCAGGUUAAGUUUAUUUUCGAAAGUGAUAAUUUAUCAUUUGUUGUAACUUAAUGGAAGAAAUUAAUUAAUAAGAAUUAUUAUAAUACGAGGAGAAAGUAUGGUCAUCUGUGUGAAUAAUGAAAAAUAAAAAGGGAUUAAUCCAGAAGAAGGUUGUAAUAUAUUUUAACUAAUACUUACAUUUCUUAUAUUUUCCCAUAUUUUUUUUUGGUUUUUCAAAUUGAAUGAAAAAUGUCCCGAAAAAAUCGAAAAAUGAUCUCUCUAAAGUACACCUAUUUCCUUUCAGGAAAGGUGCUACUCUUAAAAAUCCGAGCAACUCAUCUGGUGGAAAAGUUGCGCACAGAUAAAAAAAAUUAAAAACCUUUGUAAAACCAUAGAAUUCUUCGCUGCUCUCAGAAUCUAAAAUAAGAAUAAUUUUGGUUUUGUGUCAAGAAAAUCGACUUUGGAUCCGAUGUUUUGUGUGAGUCAAAAUGUAGGAAAUUACAGAGAGAAAUUUACAUUUUGUAAAUUUAGAAAUGUUUUAUGACAGAUUGCUGAGAGAGAUUCUGAUGUAGACGUAAAUGAGAAAAGGAGUCCUAAAUUGCAUUUGUUUUGUUAGAGGAUAUAUAUGAAGGUUUAAAUAUGAAUGUAAGAAGUGUGAGGUGAAUUAUAUUUGUGAAACUUAAUCCAUGACAAAAAAAAAAGGCAAUAAACAACUUGCAAUAUCGGAAUAGGAAAUAUUCGGCAUGGUGUAUUAUAAUAACAAUACUUUUAUAAAAAAUACUUAAAAAAAAAAAUGUAUCUCAAGUAUAAAAAACCUAACAUUCUCAUUUAUAUAAGAUGUUAUAGAUAGAAUCGUUAAAAAACGUUUGGCCUGAAAAUAAAAAAGUAGCACUAAAAAAUAAAUUCAAAAUGUUCAAUUCAUUUUAAAAAAUUGUUUUUUAUAUACAUUAUUCUGAUGAAGAAAUAGCAAAUUCUCAAAUUUUUUCACAUAGUAUCUUUGAAGAUGUGGACUUUAUGCCGAGUAGUAACUAAUUUUCUUGAAACAUUAAACGACAUUGUCAGCAGGCCAUACCCUUAUGUUUUUUUUUAUGCAAUUCGAUUUUUGUUGAUUUUGGACAUUCUGGGCAAGAAUAUAGAGAUUACGUUUUCAUUAAAGUUUGAACUUUAAUAGUAAAAAAUUAAAUAAUACAAUAUUACGUCGACUUUUUUUCCCUCACGUAUUGUAACUCAUUGUGAUGUUUGAAAAGUUUCACUAUGUCAAAAGGAUUUUAUCAAGAUGAACACAUCGAAAGUUACUUAAGACACACUCAGUAUAUCCUUAUUAAAAAGAACCGGCACAGUAGUAAUUUGCCAUUUGAAAGUUCAGAGCAAAAGGUUGGUGAGAAAGUACGCAAGUGGAGUCUUAUAAACCUUAAGCGUGCCCUAAUUUAGUGGCAUUCCCCUGACUGUCUCAAGAAACCGAGUAUGGUGCUUCCAAGAGAUAAACGACCUAACUAUUUGAUCGUAUGUUUUGUUAUUUCUUGAACAGAGGAAUAUCGUGUAAUCCAUUUUUAAAUCUGUUUAUUUUAAUUUAUCGCAUUUAAUUGUUUUUAUUAUAAGUAUAAUUAAGUCAUACAUAUAUGUAUGAGUAUUACGAAUAAAAAUUUGUUUUGUUUAUAGUAAAGAUUUUAUGGUAUACAGAAAUUAUAAAAAAUAUUAUAAUGUCAUGUAAACUUGAAGGAUUAUCAUGCCAUGAUGUAUACUAUUUAUUUAUUCUUCAGGUUUUAAUUUAGGAUAUUUACAAGAGGUAGUAUCAUGUUUUGUGUAUCCGGCUUGUAAUUUGGUACCCUGUCUUUACCAUAGUGAAGAAUCACAUAUGGCCUCCCAAGAUCCGGCAGAUAAAGUUGUAAAUAUACUAUUAAACUCGUUUGCAACAUUAAUUUAUAUUUUAUGUAGUUUUAAUUAAUGUUUUUUAUUAUUUAAGAAUUUUUUGUUCAUAAAACUACUUGUAGUAAUUUACAAUUUUUAUACGAUUAUUAGGUAUACAACAAUAAUAUCAAUAAUAUAAUUUUUUUAAAUAAAAUAAAAUAAUAUCCAGUGCUCGAAAUGGACCGGCACGCAUCGGAACGGCGUUCCGGUUUGUAAAAUUAAAAUUUAAGAGUUCUGGUUCAUAAAAAUCGACAGUAUCACAAUCAAAAAGAUUAAAAUUAUAAAAUUUCAUUUUGACAAAAUAUAAUAUAUAUAUAAUAAUUAUAAUGUACUUAAUAUAGAGAAAAGUUCAAUUUUUAUAGACGUCUAAGAGGCUUCACCUGACAUCAUGAGUGUCACUUCUUCGUAUUAUCCCAAUAAUAUCGUAAACGAUUUAAUGAUCGAAAAAUACCCACAGACAACGAUACAAUCAAAGCCAUGAUCGCAAUAAAACUUAAAAACAGUAUUUUUAAAAAACCUAAUUCACUAUCGUCUAUCGAUAACGUAUUCUAUCACAAACGACAUAAACUGUAACGAACUUUAUCUAUCAAAUAUCUGCAAUCUGUAUGUGUGUAUUGUGUAUACCUAUCUAAUUAUAUUUUGAUUGUAAAACUGUAAAAUCAGACAAGUGACUAUGUCACAAUAUAUUUAGUCUGCGUUUUACUCCGGUCGGAUACUUGGUGUAUCCGUAUAUGUGUGAGGUGCGUUUUUCUGUUAGGUAAUAUAAUUAUAAAUUAUGAGUUCGUUUUUAUUAAAUUUUUAUUAAAUAACAACUAAUUCAUCACACGUAAGCAGUCAAAAUGAAAUACAUCAACAAGAGAACAUUUAUAAUUAUAAAGAUUUACUCAGUGGUCUUAGCGUAUUAGAUCCAAAAAAAAUUUUCCGGUGUUUUUCCGAUAAUGGUGAAGUCUAAAAUAUUACAUUUAAAGAUAAAAUACUUUACUUGUGUCACCACUUUCAAUUAAAUAAAUAAAAUGAUAUUGUUCGGGGUUUUCAAAUAUACAAAAAGGAAGAAGGAAAAGAAGGUGUUUCGGACGACUCACAAAUAUAUUUUAAAACCGUUGCGACUAUUCCUAUUUUUACAAGUGAGUGCGAGCGAAAUUUCAGCUCAAUGAAUGAAAUUAUAACACCCCUCAGAUCUUCAUUAAAUGAUACUACACUCACUGAAUUUCGUCCUGCAAAAUAUGUACGCUCAUGUUUAGUCUAAGAUAGACAUUCUGUUGAUAACGCCGUAAGUCACAAACGUCAAAAAAAAUUUGACGAAAAAUACUCAGCAUUAUGGAAAUUAUUAUAAGCUAUCUAUUUAAUUUGAAUUCUAUAAAUACAUUUUUUAAGCUUAAAAAAACUUAUAUCUACUUGUAUCUAUUUAGCUAAUUACAUUGUGUUGUAAAGUAAACACAAAUUAAAAAAAUUAAAAUUAAAAACUAAUAUUAUAAUCUGCAUAUUAAUUUUAUGAGCGUUCCGGUUCGUAAAAUUUCCUAUUUCGAGCACUAAUUAAAUCUCCUAAUUUUGAGAACAUACUUUAUUUAAAAGUAAAAGUUUACAAUCUAUAAUUUCAGGAGCAAUACGUUAAAGCAAUAGUUUCUCAUGUAAAUAGUAAUAAAGUAUAUCUAAUUAUACAAAUUGGAGCAGACUCUUCGCGAGCAAUUCAAGAUCCUGUCAAGACAGAUUCUUACACAACUGUAAGUGCAUUAUUUUAUUAAUUUAAAAAAAUACGGCCACUUUUUUAGGUAAUUAAAUGUAAGCAAUGAUGAAAAAUUAAUUACAAAAAAAAAAACGCUUCGGAACGGAGUUCACCAGAUAGUGAUGCUUUGUAGACAAAUUAUAUGUCAUAUUAUAGUAAAAUAAUUAAAUUAGGUUUCUAAAUUUUCUAUAAUAAUAUUAUGUUUAAUAUUAAACAAUUUUCCCGGUUUUCCCAUGAUUAAACCCAGUUUUUCACAAUUGCCUAAAAAAGUCGUGGAAAAAUCGAAAUAAUACCUCCCUAGGAUACCUUUCCAAAUAAAAUUUACUUUUAAAAACAUUUCUACUAUUAAAUAACAAAUUGAAAAAUCACUUCUCAAAAGUACCUCCCUAGUCGUAUUUCUUUUUAAAAACAUUGCUAUUAUUAUAAGUUGGAGCAAAAUUGUUAGUAUAAAUGUUGUUCACGAGAAAAAUGAAGGCCGUAAUAUAUUUCAACUAAUACCUAAAUUUCUUAAAUUUUCCGGUUUUUCCACUGUUUUUUUUCGGUUUUCCAUGUUUGAUGAGAUAACUCCUGAGAAAAUCUCUACUUCACUUAGAAUCUAACGGAUGUUAAAAUAACAACUUUAUUUAUAAAGGAAAUAAACGUUUAUUCUGUUAGAAAUUAUAAAUAUACUAUAAUAUAUAAAUAAAUCAAUAUAAAUAUUCUAGAUCCUGAGUGUAGUGAAGAAUGUAUUAGUUUUAAUACGAUAUAUACAUAUAUUUUUUUUUUUAUACUGUGUAAUGCAAUUCUACUAGAAACUAUUUUGGAAAUCUUUUUUUGGUUUUCCAAGCUGUUUUCAUAAUACCCAAAACAAAAAUAUUAAAUGUAAAAAAACCGAAAAUAUACGAAAUGUACAAAGGUAUUAUAAAAAAAAUAUUACGGCCUUCUGUUCUCCUAUGAACAAUUUCUUUAUCAGCAAUUUCGCAUCAAUUAAAAAGGAAAUAUGGCUAGGAACGUUCUUUAAGAAUGUCAUUUUUCAAUUAAUUUCCAGGUUUAUGUAAAAACCGGGAAAAAUACAGGAAAAACAAGAAAAUAGAUAUAAUGCUAAAUAAAAUAUGUUAAAAUAAAUUUAAUACAUUGUCUGUUUAAUUAUUUUACCAUAAUAUGACGUAUAUAUUGUUGACAAAGCAUCAGUGACAACUGAAUUUCGCUUAGAGUCGUUUUUUUUGUUAGCAAUGGAUUAUUAUUGCUUACAAGUAUUCAUUACUUAAGGGUUAUAAGUUAUAAUAUAUCAUAAGGUAAAACAGUGGCUGCACCCGACCCAAUUUACCUAGGACUUCUUUUUGUUUACAGUUUUGUUCAGUAAAACCGAGUAAAUAUCGACGAUUCUGCAUAGAUGAUUUAUUAAAUUUCUACAAAAAAGUAAGAAAAUAUUUUUAAUUAAAACAUUUUGUAAAUUCAAAAUAUUUUUUAUGUGUACAAAAAAAAAAUCAUCGCAAUAUUAUUGUCAAUAAUGUGUGUAGUCUUGAUAAAGAUUUUAUUAAUACUAAGCUAUAUAGAAGUAUAAAAUUCCCAAUCAAAGAAAAUUCAUUUAAAAUUUUAGUAACCGAGUGGAUCAAAGAAUUUGUUAGCUUUACAAUGAUGUUUUAGAUUCGGAGUUUACCGAACAGUGCACUGGUUUUACAAAGAUAUUUAUUUUUCAUUUUUUUUUAUGUUAACACUUUUACUACCAAAAAUUAUGCACCGAUGAUCAUGCACCUUUUCUGAAAAAAAAAAUGCUUUUAAUGUGGUAUUUUAAAGAGGUCGAUUUUUAAAAAUAUAAUUAAAAUUCGAGAUGAUGAGAAAAACUCCAUUAUUCAAGUUAAACAAGAUUAAGAGAUAAAAAAUAUGGUCGUUAUUGUUUUCCUAAAAAAACGCAAACAGUUGCAAUAAUUUUACGAUAUUAUGACAUACAAUAUAAUGUUGACAAAGCAACAAUAUCAAGUGUACUCCGUUCAGCAUCUUUUUUUCGCUAGUAAUAGUUUAUUUUAGAUUACAGAUAUAUGUAUAAUGUAUUAUAGAUACACAUUAUAUUCCCAUCUGCAUCCUAUUUUCCAAACUUCCGACCUACAAAUGUAACUGCACCCACGUGCGCAGUACGUCCGUCCUUUUUUGGUUUUGAUUUUUAUCUAGAAAUAUUUCACCAAAUUUAAGUUUAACAUAUUUAUUUUAAUUCGAUUUUUUAAAUUUUCGUGUAGUUCUCUUAAUCAUAAUUAUUAAGAAAACUUGGAAAAAAAUAUACAAAACACGGGAAAUUUUAAGACAUUAUUAUUAUUAUGCAUUAUUUACAAUUUUGUUUUUAUUGUAAUUUGGUUUAAAACAUUCGCCGGGUCAUGAUAUUUCUACAAAAAAUUAAAUUUAUUAUUUAUAGACAUAGUAAAAUAAUUCAAUCCAGGCGAUUUUUAAAUUCUUUACAGGAUUUUAUUACUUUCAAAAUUGUUUUUUUGGUUUUUUUAAUUUAAUAUUUUACUUUUACUGUGAUGUAUAAUUUUUGUGUUAAAUCUGUAAAUACAUUUUUAAAAUACUAUCUUCUUCCGACGUAUUAAGUGUUACACAAAUAAUUUUCUGUAGUUGGAGCAUUUGAAAGAUCAUUUUUGUGAUUUCCAAAUAGGUAAAAUUUCAAAUAUUUGGAGAUUUCAAUGUUUUUAAUUGUUGAAAAUUAUGUUUUUUACAAGAAAUAUUACUUUAUGUACAAAAUGUACUAAAUAUGUAUCGCUCUUAAUGAGCGUAUAGGCAAACAUAUGUGUUUUAUAUAAAAUAUAUUUUCAUGUUUUGGUAACAGUUGGUAAAUAAACUUAAGUGGUUACGUUUACACUUAUCAACUUUUAAUGGAAAAAAACUGAUGGUAGUUAUCACUCACCUGAGGAACCACAAUGACAGCUGGUUUCACCCACGUGGCAGCGUCGGGACCCGAAUAAUAUGUACAAUAGAAUAAUAAAGAAAACAACAACAGCUUGAUUUCGAAAGUCACAACUCUUACCACCGAAAUCUCUUGUCGAACUGCGCCUACAAUUAUAACCAACAACUACAACACGAUUCAGGUACAAAGUGAAUGUAAAAUUAAAAGCAACAAUGUGAUACACAACGCCAGAAAAAUUAAACACAACGCGAGAAAAAUUAAAUAAUAGUUACAACUCGAACAACGACCUGGCAAAACACUGCGGAUAACCGGAGAGCACCAAGUAGCCAAAUAGAAGAAAGGAAAUAUGGACGACGAGAAAAAAAGAAAAAAACCGGUGCCGGCACAAAAUGAUAGCGACUGCGAAAUAGCAAGUAGUGCAGCCAAACAGUGGUGGAUAUCUAGAUAAAAAAAGAGAAAACUGCGAUGCCACAAAACCCCUGGAAGUUUAAACAGUGAUUCUGUUUAAAAUAUUUGUAGACACUUAAAUUGUUGACAGAAAACUCUUAUAUACUUUUUCUAGACAUAGUAAAACUUUCGUAGCAUUUGAAUAACUUUUGAUCUUGUUAUAGACAUACUAAUUUUGUGAGUUGUUUAAGCAAUUUUUAUUGUAGAUUUAUUUGUUGAAAAAGUGUUGGGCAUCAAAGAAAAACUUGGAAAUUGUACAGAACAUUCAUUAUAAGUCAUACUAAGAGGUCAAAAAAAAUUAAGUGUAACGUUGUCUUUUUUUUAAGAGUUUAAAAUAGAGUACAUUAUAUUAUAUAGAAUAAUAUAUUUACAUAUUAUAUACAUAUAUUUAUAUUUAAAUCAACGUACAUAAUUUAGUCUUUCAAUACAUUUUUAACCUAACUUCAAACUGAAUCGUUUUGAUUUUUGUUAGCAAUGUUCUUCUUGUAAGCUACAGGUACAAAUUAAAAUAAAUUUUUAUAUGUAUCUCACAUUCCGAACUACCCACUUACAAUAAUGGCCACACCACUUAGUAUCAGUUAUUUUUUUUAAUUAUUGAACAACCAUUUUACUAUUUAAAAUUGUUAAGAUUAUUUUUUUAUUUUUUUUUUCCUGUGGACAACUUUUCCACCAAAUAUAUUUCUCCGAUUUUUAAGUGUAGUGCCUUUUCUGAACGGGAGAUAAUUUUAAGAGGCCAAUUUUACCAUGAUAUGACAUAUUUGUUGUUUAUAAAGUAGCAUUAUCGACUGAAUUCCACUCUGAAUCGUUUUUUCAUAACUAAGAAAUAUUAAUUUAAAAAUUGUAUAUAUUCUACUAUUACUAAUUUCCAAAAACCGUUGCAGCAUCCGUCUUCAGUAUCAUUCCGUUUUUCCUUUUUUUUUUUCAGGGUAAAUUAGUCUGGACAUACAAAUUGGCUGGAGCUUUUUUACACAGUUAUGAUUACGAUGAUUAUCACUGUGAUUGUGGUUGUGGAUGUUAUGCUGCAACCACUGCAAUAACUGCUGGUUUAAAAGGAUCUCCUGAACCUGAAUUGACCAAAUGUACGAACUGGACACUUCGCUAUAAAGAUCGACAUUAA